AUGUUUGCAGGAAACGUCAUCGCUAUAUGUCUAUUCUUGUCACCAACGCCAACGUUUGUAGAGAUAGUGAAAAAGAAGUCAGUGGAAAAAUAUUCACCAUUACCAUAUUUGGCGACUCUGAUAAAUUGUUUGGUUCGGGGUUUCUACGGAUUUCCUAUGGUGCAUCCUGACAGUACAUUGGUCAUGACAUUGAGUGGUGUAGGAGUCCUGAUCGAAAUCGUUUUCCUUACCAUCUUUUUUGUUUUCUGUGGCCGCAAAAAACAGCGGUUGGUAAUAUCCGUCGUUUUAGCGGCUGAAUUUGCGUUUGUGGCUAUCCUAGCUGUUUUGGUCUUAACUCUCCAACACUCUACCGAUCAACGAACAGUGAGCGUUGGGAUUGCAUGUUGUGUUUUCAACACAAUGUUCUAUGUUGCUCCAAUGUUUGUUAUGAAAAUGGCAAUAAAGACAAAAAGCGUGGAGUUCAUGCCGUUUUGGCUAUCGGUAGCUUGUUUCUUAAACGCAGGUGUUUGGACACUUUAUGGUUUCUUACCUUUCGACCCAUUCAUGGCUAUACCAAAUGGGAUUGGAUGCGUAUGUGGACUUACUCAAUUGAUAUUGUAUGCUACCUACUAUAAAUCUACCAAAAGGAUAAUGGCUGAGAGGCAGAAGCCACCCGGCCAAGUCAGUGAAAUGCGGUUAUCAAACGCUGAAUCUGAGCAUAUCGCGAAUUUCAACAUACCGGUUAAUAGCGUUUGA